UAGUUUGAGGAUGUGUAAAGAAGUUAAGCCAGAACAAAUAAAAAAUGAAAAAAACGCGGCUGCUCUGUACACCAAAACCAGAGAGAGUCCCUCUCUUUUGUCUUCUCUCUUUCUUCAUUUCUUUUCCCUCUGAGCUAACCGAUUCCAGCUAGAGAGAUCGCAGCAAAACAAUAAAAGUAAAAGCCCUAAAAAACAAUAGAAUUUAGGGAGAUCGUGUGUUUUAAAUCGCUUUAUUUUUUUGUUUAUAUGAAACUGUUUUAAAUUUUUGUUUAGGCGUUCAGAUUCGUGAUUGAGGUUCCGUUUUUGAUAGAAAUUAGGGAAAAAACCACCUUUGCCUUUGGUGGGUUUUAGGUAGCUUGUGAAAAAUGGUUCGGAGAACCUUUUGGGCUUCGAAUAAUAGAUAACUACGUGUUGAGAACUUGAUAAUUCCGGUGAGGUUUACUUUUCUCUUUUGUUGAAUAAUUUCGUUAGGUUGUCUAACGAUGCGAGGAAGGGGCUAGGGUUAGGGUUUGGUGAAAGAGAAAUGGAAGAGGCUGAGCUUGAAGAAGGAGAGGCUUGCUCUUAUAGUAACAAUAACGACGAUUAUGAUGCGGAAAAUGAUCUAUCUUCUCUCUCUUACAUAGAUGAGAAAAUUCAACAUGUUCUUGGACAUUUUCAAAAGGAUUUUGAAGGUGGAGUUUCUGCAGAGAAUCUGGGAGCAAAGUUUGGUGGGUAUGGAUCGUUCUUACCGACUUAUACACGUUCUCCUAGUUGGCCUCAUCCGAAGAGUCCGCCCAAAGUUCAGAGUUCUGAUGCACCUAGGUCCCUAAACAAUAUGUCAUUAGAGGAUGGCCGUCAUAACUUAGCAUAUCGGGUAAGUGGUUCUGAGUCACUUAGGCCUGGACUACCUCUUUCAAAUUUUGGAACCCUCCUUGCUUUGAAGGCAUCGUCUGUGAAUGAUUCGAUUCAACAAGAGGUCAGCCUAACAUCCACUCAUGAUGAUGAGCUUGCCUCUAAGUGCGAUUUUGCAAGCAAUAAUGCUGCCAAUCUGCCAGACCUGAAGACAUUGAAGGUGCGAAUCAAAGUGGGUUCAGAUAACUUGACGGAAAAGAGUGCUGCAAUAUACAGUGGUCUUGGCCUUGAUAUUUCACCAUCUUCCUCCUUAGAGGAGAGCCCCUCAGAAAGUGAAGGGAUGUAUCGGCAGACUCAAGAUCAAAUAAUAUUUGAAUCUCCAACUAGUAUUCUUCAGUCUAUGACUUCCUUUCCUGUACCUGGGGACACACUGCUAUCACCUCUCCCUGAUCAUCUACUUAACUUGAUUGUAAAGAAAAAGAUUCCAGAAGGGAAUAAAUCAGAUGCUGGAAAGGAUGAUGGAACAUUAUUUGUUGACAAUAAAGCAAAGUCACUGGAGAAAAAAGAUUUUCCAGUAGAAAGGAAGAGUAGCAGUAGCAGGGAAACAAGGAUUAAGAAUGGUCUUAUGUUGAAGAAGGAAGUUGAUAUUGUUGACACAUUGGCUUGCGAGGAGCUUGUUUCAAAAACACUGAAGCUUCCUCUCUUAUCUAAUUCAUAUUCUUCUGUUGACAAGGUAAAAAGUAAGGGCAUGACAAGAAAAAAAGGUGUCCAUGAUGUUGCUAUGGAGGAUUCACCAGGGCCAAUACUUUCCCAAGAGAUUGAGUGGGAGAAUCCAAGGGCUGGUUCAGCUCGAAAGGUUUUGGAGGAACAAAAGACAAGUGUUCUAGAUGGUAUUCCAGGCUAUGCUAGGAAGCAUGGGUAUGAUAAAGCAGACAAAACUUGUGAUUCUGUCAAAGCUGACUCUAAUACUGUAAAAGGUGGCAAAGCUCUAAAUAGCGAAUCGGUGGAUCCUCCCAAGCAGAAGAUCUGCCUGGGAGCUACAUCGCAUAAGCAAGAUAAUAUGAAGUUACCUCCCACCAAGGAGCAUACCUCUUCUGGUGGAAAAAGAAAACCAACAGGCAGUCAGGGUCAUGGCAGUCUAACUACAGAGGUGCAAAAAGAAAGCUCGAGGGUUGAUUCUUCUUCGAUUAUGAAACAUAAGCAGACUGUUAACUUGAACAAUUAUACAAACAAAAGGGAAUCGGGAAACGAAAAAUUAGAAAGGCCAUUUCAAAAGGCUGAAGAUAGGUAUAGAGAUAUUUUUGGUGAUAUUGGAGAAUCUGAACAGGAAGAGAACCAAACAAGCUCAUUGGAAAUUCAUUCUGAAGAUCAGCUGAAGGAAGCUCAUGAGACUGAGAAAAACACAUCAUCAAUUAACAGUGCACACAAUGAUAGACUAAGUGGGAAGAAAACUGAGUAUUUAUUGGCAACCAAAUCAUAUACUAGAACAACUGUGGAUUUUGCAUCCAACUCUGCCAACGCGAGUGUUGCUGGAACUUCCCUUGCAACUGCAGCUCCUACAUUGAUAAUUGAAAAUUGGGUUCGCUGUGAUAAGUGCCAGAAGUGGCGUCUUCUUCCAAUAAACAUAAAUCCUGCUGACUUACCUGAGAAGUGGUUAUGUAGCAUGCUUGACUGGCUGCCUGCAAUGAAUCGCUGCAAUGUUGAUGAGGAUGAAACUACAAAAGCUGUUUUGGCGUUGUAUAAUGUUCCUGCUGUAGAGAGUCGAACUAAUCUGCAAAGUAAUUCUGGCAAUAUUAUGUCUAGAUUACCCUCUGCCAAUGCUUUGCAACCUGAACAAAACCAACAAAGUUUUGGUUCACGUGUCAUGCCACCUGCUGGAAGGAAGAAAGACAGUUUAAAAGAAAUAUCAAAUGCCAUGCUAACUCCUAUGAAGAAGAACAUGCAGUCCUCAAUCCAGUCUGGAAGCCUGAAUGGUGUGAUUCAAUUUCCUGUGGUAGGUGAAUCUGGUUUACAACAUCCAAGUCAAUGUGAUUUGCCUGUCAAGAAACACAAAAAUAAGUCGAAAGAGAAGCAUAAAUUGGUGGAACAUAGUUCUGAUGGAGGUGAUGCUAGAACUUCAAACAUGAAAGGCAAAAGGACCACUGAACAAGAUUCUUUAAGGGCCUCCAAGAAAAUUAAGGUUGAAAGUUCUCGUCUUGCUGAUGAAGAUUGGAUGUUUGAGCAUGCUGGUAAGAGCACAAGUAAUGGUUUGCCUAAUACAUCAGUAGGAAAGGAUCAACCUAAAAACAGCGAAGGGUCUUCUUAUAAGGACUCAUCAGAUAAGGACAGGCAACAGGUCUCUGGUAAAAGACCAAAGAACAAAGUUGGGGUUCCCUUAACUGAUGGAUCACUGGAUCUGGCAAAUUGUGAUGGUGGGGCAGUUUCAAGAAAGAGGGAAGUUGAUGAUUGUAUUAAUAGUCAAUUGUUUACAGACUCCUUCCAAAGUAUGGGUAAUUACCUCCAGGAAAACAGAGUAUUUGUGAAGGAAGAGUUCUGCGAGAAUGACUACAGGAGGGAAAAGAAGGCCAGGGCAUCCAAGUCUGGAGGGAAGGAUUCCUCUGCAAGUAAAAGCAGCGGUACACUGGAGAAAAAGGGUAGACACACAAAGAAUCGCCAAAGUGGGCAAGAUCUAGGUAGGUCUAUGUCCCAACAGAGGUUGGAUGGUAUGGACUCAUUAAAAAGAGAUUUUGGAUCUGCUGAACCUUCUUUAGCAGCUACCUCAAGCUCAUCUAAAGUUUCUGGCUCACAUAAAUCAAAGCCUGGCUUCCAUGAAACAAAAGGCUCACCAGUAGAAUCAGUUUCUUCUUCUCCUAUGAGAAUUGCUAAUCCUGAUAAACUUCCUUUGACAAAGAUGAAUGUUGCAUGGAAAGAUGAGUCUCGUAAUGCUGGUCUUUUUGUUGCAGGUAGUCCUAGAAGACGCUCAGAUGGUGAAGAUAAUGGUGGGAGUGAGAGGUCAGGGACAAUAAGGAAGGAAAAAACUUCUGCUGCAGUUCAACAAGGGUACCUUGAGUCCUCUGUACUUGAUAUUCAGGAUAAGGAUGUUGAUCAAUUAGGUGUCAGUAAAGCUAAGGCACCAAUUGAGUCUUCUCAUGAUAUCAGAAAAGGCGAGUUUAUUAAUGCUAGUGUUGAUUAUUUACGUCAAGAGGUCCAAUGUGCUGGUAAAUCAAUAAUAAUGGAUGAACGCCAUAAUGAGGAAAGUCAGAAUGACAAUCGUGGCAAUCCCAAUGUCUCUUAUCCAAGAAAAUCUGGCAAGGGGUUGUCACAGUCAAAGGACAGGAAUCGUAAUUUUAAAUCUGGUUCUGCUGAUGAACAGCCAGAUUGUGCUCCCUGUGAGGUAAAAUCUAUGGAUGGUAGAAAUAAAUUUCAGGAGUGGCCUGGAGUCAAGUCCAAUGAAAGUGUGAAUAGACUUGAUGAUGAUAAAGAAGCUCUUAGAAAGUUGUCAGGUGAGAGUAGUAAAAGAGAGAAUUAUUCAAGUGUUGGUCAGUCAGAUGCUAAACCAGAUGCCUCUGGAGGUCAAGAUUUAAUGUCAACUAUGAAGCAGAAUCUUCUGCAGGAAAGCAAUAGUGAAGGAUAUACAAAGAGUUUCCACUCUGAAAAAUAUGAUCGUGCAGAAAUUGCUUCUGGGAGAGGGAACUCGUUAUCAUUGCCGCCUGCAGGAGGAACUCAAAAUGAGAUGCUGACUGGUCGCCCCCGCCCAGUUUCUGGGUCCCAGAAGGGAAACAGAGCUGACAGACCACAAGCUGAUGAUGCAUUGAAGGUACAAAAGCAAGUAAAGAAGGCUGAUCAUCAAAAUGGGACUCAACACAGUAGUUCAAGAAAUACAUCAGGUGGAUGUAGGAUCAGGGAUGUUGAUGCCCCAAGUCCAAUGAGAAAGGAUUCCUCAAGUCAGGCAGCUACCAAUGCUUUGAAGGAGGCUAAAGAUUUAAAGCAUCUGGCUGAUCGUCUCAAGAAUUCUGGAUCAAAUGUGGAGAGCACAGCACUUUACUUCCAGGCAGCACUGAAGUUUCUUCAUAGUGCUUCUCUACUAGAAUCUUGCAACAGCGAGAGUAACAAACAUGGCGAUAUGAUUCAGUCCAUGCAAAUGUACAGUAGCACUGCAAAACUCUGCGAGUUUUGUGCCCAUGAGUAUGAGAGACUAAAGGACAUGGCUGCUGCCUCUUUGGCCUACAAGUGUAUGGAGGUGGCCUAUAUGAGAGUAAUCUAUUCCUCCCAUGCCAAUGCAAGUAGGGACCGGCGCGAGCUGCAGACAGCUUUGCAAAUGGUUCCUCCUGGCGAGUCUCCUUCUUCCUCUGCCUCUGAUGUUGAUAAUUUAAAUCAUCCUACAACAGCAGACAAAGUUGCUUUUCCCAAAGGUCUUAGCUCUCCCCAGGUUGCUGGAAAUCAUGUUAUUUCUGCUCGAAACCGUCCUAACUUUGUGCGGUUGCUCAACUUUGCGCAGGAUGUAAAUCAUGCAAUGGAAGCUUCAAGGAAAUCACGAAGUACUUUUGCAGCUGCCAAUUUUAGUUCAGGAGGGGCUGAAAGUGGGGAAGCUAUAACUUCUGUAAAGAAGGCUCUUGAUUAUAACUUCCAAGAUGUGGAGGGAGUGCUUCGUUUGGUACGAGUGGCAAUGGAAGCCCUUAACCAUUAAGGGAAAAAAUCUGGUUGGUAAGGAUGGUUUUAUACUAGGAGGGAAAUUUCAUUUUGAUGGUUUUUCCUUGGGUAUGAAGUCCUAGAGUAGAAAAAGGAGAAGGGGUGACCAGCUCUUCUCGUGGCAAUCCUCAACACUUACAUUAGAAAACUGGCAAGUGCCUGCUUUCUUACACUGACAGGUAGAUAAGUGCAAUACAAGAUAAAUUGGAUUUUUAGUAUAUUCUUUCGCAAGCUUCAACUGCUUUCUGUCAUGGAAGAAGCUUAGUUAAUUUCUUUCUCAGGACAGCAUUAAGGACAUGGGACUCAUUAGGUUUAUAUGCAAGAUGUUUCAAGUUGUAUAAAUAGGUGAUUAUACUUCAAAAGUAUUGCGGCUGAAGAAAUAGUUUUGUAUAAGGAUAGAGAAGACAUCUAUAGAUAGAGGCAGAUUGGUAAAAUUGAAAAAGUGGAGUUUGCUAUUGUAUUGGCAUCACCAUUCCCCAGAGGCUGUUUUAGUUCACCUGAGUUAUUAAAUUUGUUGAUUCUAUUUUAGUUUGGAGCCUCUUAAGGGAAAUACUGCGACAAAAAGCAGCACGUGCUUGCUCUUUUGCCACGGGGACUGCUGUUUUCUCAGUUCAAGCACUAAGAAGCAGAGACUGUAGCUGACGGUUUCAGGUCAGCUGCAGUAGUACCUGUACCUGUCACAGUAUAUACCUAUGACUCACGAAGAUGAGUUGAAAGAAUAUAAGAAAAACGAGUUGGUGCAAAGUUACUGUGAUAGAAGUCCAGACAAAUUUGCAGAAAUUCUUUAAUUCCUUUUUUGCCUUAAAAGCAUAUAUACUUGUACCAUAAACAUAUCUCUAUAUGAUUCUCAUUCUGGAAUAUGGCAAGUGCUUUUGUUUGUGGGAGAGACCGUUGGUUCUGUCAUCUCCAAGUUCGGCAUCUUAAUGCUGAUAGGCUUAAAUAAUUUGGGGUGGUUGCAUUAAUUAAUAGCGAACCUGGCGAUGGAUUGACCUAGCAUCGAAAAUUGUUGGUAGUCCGCCGCUAUUUCAUAAUUUGUCGUUAUUCCUAUGUAUAUAACAAUACAUUUAUUCACAAGUCUUAAAUCAAUAAAGUUGGAGUCGAUCUUGGUUAUGAAUUUUAAAUAAA